UUAGUAAAAGGGGUUUGGUCUGUUGGGCGCGCGGUGAAGAUACCUAUUUGAAAUUAAAAUGGCGGAAAAUGAGACUGGAGUUGAAAACGGCCUUAGCCGUAUUUGUGUAGACGAGACUUCAGUUCAGGCAUCGAAAAGAUGUUCCUCCUCAGUCCCAGACUCAGUCCCUUUACUCAAAUCACCUCGGAUCGAGUCUCCAUCAAAAACAACACAGAUGGCAGAUCCGAGAGAGGAACAGUCAGAGCUGAAUAAGCAAGAAAUGGAGACGGACAUCACAGAGAGACCAUCUCAACCAAACAAAUCAUUUAGGAGAGCCACUAUAACCCGACGCUCACUCCCUGCCCUUCCUAACCCAUAUGAAGCUUUGUGCAGAAGCAUUAGUCCAUCAUUAUCACAAGAAGAGAGACUGGAAAAGCUGUUGGAGGCAUCAAUGGAGAUGGCACUUGAAAGGACCAAGACUUCACUUGAGUCUAUGCCAAAUGCUUCACUCGAGUCCUUUAAAAAACAAGUUGAAAAAAUCAAAAAUGAGUGGAGCUGCUUGACUAAAAAUAUGAACAAGGAAACGCAUCAACCCCCUUCAAGUCAAUCCAGUCAACCAGCCAUGCAAGAAACCAUGGAAAAUAUCCAGAAAGCAAUCAGCAGGCUCAAGGCUGAAAGUGACUCUUGGGAGGAUCUUCUCAACAAACACAGGAGUAAAGCAGAGGAACUGGAAAAGAAGGUGAAGAUGGGACAAGAGGCGGGAAUAUCACUAAACCCAACAUCUAUUGUCCAGUCGUCGCAGUACCAUGUCAUACAGAGUAAACCCAACUACCGCAGUGUCCUAUGUAGGCAACAACGCAUGAUGCAUUCAACAGCCAUGAUUAUGGACACUCAGUGUAAAAUGAUAAGGCAGCUACUUGCCAUCAAGGAGCAAUCCCAGCUGUUGGUAAAACAUACCAGUGGCCAAUUGGCUGAGGAGGCGGGAAUCCAUGACCUUUCAUCAAACCUUCUUAUAAAUCUGAUGACGACACCUUCACAAAAGGCAACUGCAUAUUCCAACUCCUCAAAAGACGAUGCUUCUAAGCAACUGAAUUAAAACAAAAAA